AUGUCAGAUACAGAGAGCCCUUGCAACGCAUCAUGCAGCAAACUGAAGCGCAAAAACUCCACCGAGCUUGAGUACGACGAUGUGGAAGAAGCUCUGUCUGCAGAGCCGAUUUGUCGAUGUGAGGAUGAGCUGAACGAACGCUGCCUCAUGUUCCGAGGAAUCACUCCGAGGAAGGGGGCCAGCCUCUACGUCAUUAUUUACCAGAUGAUCCAAGAGCAGCUGAAACUUGAAGACGCUGUGAAGCCAGAAGAUAUUGGGCGCAUCUGGGUCUCGCAAACUGGUGUCAAAGUGGAGUUCAGCACAAAAGAGCAGGUCAAUUUGAUUAUGAGGUUUUCUGGAAGGCUUCAAAGUUUCAAGUUCAAUGAUCGGAAAGUUAGGGUACGUUUUUUUAUUGAAUUUUCUGUUUUUUAGGUAGAUCAGCCAUGUAUAAUAUAAAAUUUUUGCGCAAUCUGGUUCGAUACCUUCAAUUUUUGCUGAAAUUUUUGUAGGAGCUCUAUGAAGGCCUAGCCUAACAUUAGUUGGGCCAACAGUUUCCAAAUAUGAUUCAUUUACCUCAAUUUUAUAUCAUUUUACCUUCAGGUGGCACUGCUUCCUUCUCCUGAGCAGUUGAAACUCAAAGAACUCCAAGAUCUCACUCUUAUCCGCCUCCGUGAAUUCUACAAGCUUCAGAAGCAGGAUAUUGAACUGAGCGGAGUGGACCAGUUUGUCUUUCUUCCAAAUACCGAAAUCAAUCCAACGUCCCAAAGAAAUGUGGUCUACCUGCAAGAGGCCGUGUUCCUGGUGACCGAAAAAUUUGAGGAACUUUCGACCAGAAAAAAGUUGGGGAAGACCAGAAGAAAACAAUACACACGCUACAAGGACUUAGUCGAAAGUUUGGGCUGGAGUGUUCGUCGAGAUCAGUGUCUGGAUCGACUGGUCAGAUCGUUCAAGCGCAGGCUGGACCUCAGUAAUGACUCUGUUGGGCCGAGUUUCAAACGGAGCAGAGGUUCUAUUUCCAUGAAGGAAGAGGAAGAUUGA